UCCAUGGCGGUCUCCCUGCCUCCCUCCCUCCCGUUCCACUGUCUAAUACUAGUUGAACAAGGUGCUGCAAGCGGCCUAAAAGUUUGCACACGGUGCGGAGUCACACGGCUUCAAGAGUGUCGGCUCGUCCGUUUCACAACAUAUGAGAGAAAAAGGUCCACUAGGCAGCAGCGCUGCGACGCUCCACACACACAGCAGAGUAACUAGAAGACGGCGCGCUCAGCACUUCCUUCUCACACGGAGUGACGCAUCCUCUAUACCGUUUCAUUCCUAAAAAUACACGUACAACAUCAUUAUAACUGCUCAUUCUUCAGAACAAGCCAAGACGUAUUCAGGAGUUAUUUAACGUGUAAAAGUACGGGCUGCACAAGAAGCCGAGCUCCGCUGUAUAGUUGUUCUAACUAAGUUUCUCCCAAGAUGUUCAAAAAGGACUCGGAGAAAAUUCAUCUGGUGUCCGACGAAGAGCCCAGGAUGUACACCAUCACCAUGUCCAGUGUGUUGAUGGAUGAAACAGGGAAGAAAAACGGUGGCAACCAUUGUCAUGACAACAGCCGUGCACUUGAGGACAGGGAGCUGGAAAAGCAGCAAGCCAGGAAGAGACUCUACAUUGUGGCUGCUGUCUGCCUGGUCUUCAUGAUCGGGGAAAUCCUUGGUGGGUACUUUGCAGGCAGCUUAGCGGUGAUGACGGAUGCUGCCCACUUGAUGGUGGACUUCACCAGCUUCAUCAUCAGCCUGUGCUCCCUGUGGCUGUCCUCCAGGCGUCCCACAUAUGCACUCAGCUAUGGCUGGCACCGGGCAGAAAUCUUAGGUGCGCUGUUGUCAGUCUUCACCAUCUGGCUGGUUACGGGCGUGCUGGUGUACCUCGCUGUUAAGCGACUCAUUGAUGAUGACUAUAGUAUCGAAGGCACUGUCAUGUUAAUCACUUCAGGCUGUGCGGUCAUCGCCAACAUCAUAAUGGCUGUCAUCUUGCACCAGUCAGGGCAUGGGCACAGCCAUGGGGGCCUGAGCUCUCACGGUCAUGGUCACAGCCACAGCCACGGUCACGGCCACAGCCAUGGGCAUGGCUCGCAUACACGGGGGUCUACAAGGGGGCAGCCUCAGGCCAACGCCAGCGUACGGGCAGCCUUUGUGCACGUGGUGGGAGACCUGUUGCAGAGUGUCAGCGUGCUGAUCAGUGCCGCCAUCAUCUUCUUCAAGCCUGAAUACAAGAUAGCAGACCCUAUCUGCACAUUCCUCUUCUCCAUUUUUGUGCUGGCUACCACGCUCACCAUUAUGAGGGACAUCCUACUAGUUUUAAUGGAAGGGGUACCUGCUGGGGUGAGGUACAGUGAUGUGAGGGACAAGAUUCUUGCAGUGAAGGGUGUCGAAGCGGUGCACAGCUUGCACAUCUGGGCUCUGACUAUGAACCAGGCUGUGCUCUCUGCACACGUGGCUGUCGGAGAUGCUGUAGAUUCCCAGUCUAUGCUGAAGGAGAUCACCCAGGCCUGCUUCACAAUCUACAGCUUCCACUCUGUCACCAUCCAGCUGGAGCAGCAGUCUGACCAGAGGCCAGGCUGUAGCCUCUGUGAGACUCCCAAGCAGUAGCUCCUCCCCAGAAGAAAAACCCGACCCAGAAGCAGAGAGCUGCAGGCCAGGAUCCACCUGCUCUGAGUGCUCAUACCUCCCAUUGCAAUUCCUUUUUAAGAAAUGAACCUUGGGGUAGCUUCCCUUUCUGGGGAUGUGAAUGUGCUGCUGGUUCCUCAUUUCGUUUGUCAGCACAGCUGCUCCGCUUUAGAAUACGGGCUUUCUUU